CACUUCGAAAAAUAAAUUUUCCGAAUUUUUUGAAAAUCUCGUUAUAUGUUAAAAAUUCCGAUUUUUCUCUUAUAAAUUUGUAUCUGUAUAGCACCUCUUCGAUAGUUUCAGAAUAUACCACUUAAUAUGUCAAAAAGAGUGAGGUUCGACGAAAAUGCAGGCUCGUCCGGAUCUGUUAAAGUCAGAAGACAAGACGUUGCCUCGACGUCUAAGGACACGAAUGUCAACGAAGAGUUAAAGGCUUCAACCCCUGGAUCAAGAUUUAAGGAAGACCACAGCCUUGACAGUGAUGAGGAAGAAGAAGAAAAAGUUGAAUACGAGAAACUAACGGAGGAAGAUAUUGAAGGAGCUGAGGAUGACAUUGAAGAAGAUGAAGAAGUUGGAGGAGCAAGGAUUACUCCCUUCAACCUUAAGGAGGAAAUGGAGGAAGGUGACUUCGACACACAAGGACAUUAUCAUUUCAAGAAGGAAAAAGAAAUCAGGGAUAACUGGUUGGAUAACAUUGACUGGGUUAAAGUAAAGAAAAAGCCUUCACAACCUGAACCAACUAACGAGGAUAGCAGCGAUAGUGAAAAUGACGCAUCAGAGUUCAGUGAACUCAAGCUGAUUGAAGGCAUAGUUAGUUUGCUUGAGAAAGGUGAAACAGUAAGCAAAGGUCUCCGUAGACUUGGGGGCAAAAAUAAUUCAAACAAAAAAAAUAAAUCUCGCUCUUGGAAAAGAGAGAAGGUUUAUGAUAUGGAAGUGGAAGAGCCAACCGAAGGGAACGAAGAUAAAUCUGAUGAGAAUGAAAAGUUGCGAAACAAGAAGUUUCUCGAACUAACUGAACUAGUUGACCAGAUGACUGGAGCCGGACAUUAUGAUAUUUAUUCCGAUACUUUUGAAAAACUGCAGUUUAGGCUAAACUCGUUGCGUGUUUCUGAUAAAGUAAGCAAGGAGGUUCCCCCCGCACCAACAGCAGAAGAUGAACUUGAUAUAUUUGCCGAUGAUAUUGAUGAAAAGGAAGGGAAAAAGAAGACGAAAAACGGGAAAAAGAGCAAAGAAAUCACCACAGAAGCCGAUACCUCAGUAAAGUGGGAGUAUAAAUGGUCUGAAUCAACUACGGAACUUUUUGGGCCGUUUUCCUCACAAAAUAUGGAGGAAUGGAAAUCCAAAGGAUUUUUCAACGAUGAGGUUCGUGUCCGAAGAGUUGAUAAACCUAAUGCUCCAUUUUACUCCGCUAAGAGAGUGGAGUUUGAUCUGUAUGACUGAUGCCUUUAUCUUGUAGUCUAUAUUUCUGCAUACCUGAGGUGUUAUGCCACUUGAAGCAAGCUUUCAUGAUGGGUAACGGGCCAAAUCUGGCCUAAAUCCCAAGUCCUCAGGACCUUACCCAUAAAGAACAGAAGCAAGCUCCAUUUGUUUUCUUCUACCUUAGAUGACUCUUCUCAUCACUGCUAUUGAAGAAGUUUCAAAUCUGUACAACUAUCUUUGUAAGAAAAUCAACAUCAAUCAGAAAUAGGUGGUUCAUUUCGGUCUGCCACAAUAUUUAAUGGUUUACAGUACAAUAUCAGUUUAACAGGGUUAAAAACAGAUAUAAGACGGGUGUACAGCUCGCAAUGGUUUUUAAUCUCAACUGUAUUGAAGGUUAAUCAGAGCAGAAGGUUCCAGUUUAUGUAGAGUAGAUUCUCUGACUGUUUUCUUACUUAUUUUGUUCUUGUGAUACUUGGGGACAAUGAACGAAUAACGCUUUU